AUGACAGUCGAUUUGGACAAAUACCUCAAACCAGGAAAGGACCAUUACAUAGCCCUUGGUCUUGAAGGAUCCGCCAAUAAAUUGGGAGUAGGUGUGAUUCGCCACAAUCAAGGCCAGCUCACAUCUUCGAAUCGAGCUGAGGUUCUCUCAAACAUUAGAGAUACAUACAUUGCUCCACCAGGUGAAGGGUUCCUUCCUAGAGACACAGCCAGACAUCAUAGAAAUUGGGUAGUUCGUGUUAUAAAACGUGCGCUCGCCGUAGCAAAGAUUAAAGGGACUGACAUAGAUGUGAUUUGUUUCACCCAAGGACCAGGGAUGGGAAGUCCUUUACAAAGUGUGGUGAUUGCCGCAAGAACAUUGGCACAAUUGUGGAAAAUUCCAUUGAUGGGAGUAAAUCAUUGUGUUGGACAUAUCGAAAUGGGAAGAGAGAUUACCGGAGCUGAUAACCCGGUUGUCUUAUAUGUAAGUGGAGGAAAUACCCAAGUCAUUGCUUAUUCUAAACAACGAUAUCGUAUUUUCGGAGAAACUUUGGAUAUUGCCAUUGGUAAUUGUUUAGACAGGUUUGCCCGUACUUUGAAAAUCCCCAAUGAACCAGCACCUGGUUAUAACAUCGAACAAAUGGCCAAGAAGGGGAAACACCUUGUCAAUUUGCCAUAUACCGUCAAAGGUAUGGAUUUAUCAAUGUCUGGGAUAUUGGCUAAUAUAGAUUCAAUAGCCAAAGACAUGUUUGGUAAACAAAAUAAGCAAUUGAUUGACGAAGAAACCGGGGAACCAAUAACUGCCGAAGAUUUGUGUUUUUCCUUACAAGAAAUUUUGUUUAGUAUGUUGGUGGAAAUUACUGAACGUGCGUUAGCUCAUGUUAAUAGUAAUCAAGUUUUGAUUGUCGGUGGGGUGGGUUCCAAUCAAAGAUUACAAGAAAUGAUGAAGUUGAUGAUUGAAGAUCGUAAGAAUGGCCAGAUUUACGCAACUGAUGAAAGAUUCUGUAUUGACAAUGGUAUUAUGAUUGCUCAUGCAGGAUUAUUAAGCUAUCGUAUGGGACAAGUAACUGAUUUGGAUCAUACUGUAUGUACACAAAGGUUUAGAACCGACGAAGUAUUUGUUGAAUGGAGAGAUGAUUAA